CAUCUGUCUGCACAGUGAUUGCUAAGCGUCUCCCGGAGCGCUCGCAAUCAUGGGUAAGACUCGCGGUCUUGGAGCCGGACGUAAGCUUCGCACACACAGGAGGAAGAACCUCUGGGCAGACAAGGACUACAAGAAGAGUCACUUGGGCAAUGAGUGGAAGAAGCCCUUUGCUGGCGCAUCUCACGCCAAGGGCAUCGUGCUAGAGAAGAUCGGAAUUGAGGCGAAGCAGCCCAACUCUGCUAUCCGCAAGUGCGCGCGUGUGCAGCUGAUCAAGAACGGAAAGAAGAUCGCAGCCUUUGUGCCCAACGAUGGUUGCUUGAACUUCAUUGAGGAGAACGACGAGGUGCUUAUUGCUGGUUUCGGUCGACGAGGUCACGCCGUUGGAGAUAUUCCAGGAGUCAGAUUCAAGGUGGUGAAGGUGGCUGGAGUGUCCCUCUUGGCGCUUUUCAGGGGCAAGAAGGAGAAGCCGCGUAACUAGAUCAACCAUGUCCCAAUGCAGGUCUCGAGCCAGUGCAGUCUGCUAGCCGGACACUCCACUGGGAUUCUCUCUCAAGCAAGCUUAGUGUUUGGCGGGAGCCUGUCAGGCUGCAGAAGGACACUGGUGGCUUGUACCAACACAGCACUGUGGGCGUGUGUUUCUGAGCGACCAGGCAUGCUGUGCCUGAGUUGCUGCGGGGGCAAAUCCUGACCUAGCAACGCUUCUAGUAGUUGCUGAGGAAAGACUCUUUCUGGGCUUCUGCGUACUGACCUGAGAAGCCUGAGAUGCGGAGGACAAGCAGGAACUUCUCGCUGAAUACGCUGGCAAUGCAAAGGCUCAUGCCUCAAGGAGCAAUCUUUGCUAUUCGAUGUAUGGCGUUAUGUAAGCUUCAUAUUGUCAGUCAAU